ACAGCUUUUAUAUGUAUCCGGCUACGAACUGAUGUAGCACCGACCAUUUCCAUGCAUUUUCCUGCCAUGCUUCCCGAAUCCCGCAUUUCUAACAUAAAAGCGACUUAAGCGCCGCAAGGUACAAACAACUCAGCGACCACGCAAAACAUACGCGCGUAGCAGAGUCGCAGGCUCUCUCUCUCUCUCUCUCUCUCUCUCUCUCGCGCGCGCGCUUGCGAAGAGUAGAUGGAACUGGGAAGGCUUCCCAUCUCAGUGUGAGAGGCAAACUGGUAUCGGCAGGCUAUACCACUCUUUCUUCUCUCUCGUCUUCCCAGCUUGUUCGAGAACGUGACAACCUAGAGCUGGAGUCAACAUAAACCUCUUUCUGAAGGAAGAUAAACUAUGGAACAAUAUGAGGCAACCAAAUCUCUGGCAUAAACAUAAUAUUUUCAGUUCAUUUCAGGUCCUUUACAAGAUGUUCUUCAAGAUGGCCCAAAUCAGCCUUGUGAGUACACAUAGGGAGGUUUAUGAACCAUGUGACGAUUCAUUUGCACUGGUUGAUGCACUUCUCGCAGAUAGAAAUAACCUGUUAGAGCAUCAUCCAACAUUGUGCAUGGAAGUGGGUUGCGGUAGUGGGUAUAUCAUCACCUCUUUAGCUCUCAUGUUGGGACAGAAGGCUGCUGGAGUUCACUAUAUUGCUACUGAUGUCAAUCCUCAUGCAGUGAGAGUUACCAAUGAGACCCUAGAAGCACAUGGUGUUCAUGCAGAGUUGCUAGCCACUGACAUUGCAUCAGGAUUGGAGAUGCGUUUGGCAGGAUUGGUUGAUGUAAUGGUUGUGAACCCACCAUAUGUGCCAACACCCGAAGAUGAAGUGGGUCGUGAAGGAAUUGCCUCUGCUUGGGCAUGUGGGGAGAAUGGCCGGAGAGUUAUCGAUAAGAUAUUGCCAAUUGCUGACAAUCUAUUGUCAGAUAAGGGCUGGUUGUACAUGGUCAUGCUUACCGCUAACAAUCCCUCAGAGAUAUGCCUUCAAAUGAGAGAGAAGGGAUACGCUGCUAGAAUUGUCAUCCAGAGAUCAACAGAAGAAGAGUCUCUUCAAGUCAUUAAAUUCUGGCGGGAGUUCAAUACUCAAAGUAGGUCAAAGGAAAUGGCGACAGCAAACAAAACAGUUCCUGCAAGAGUCAUGCAGGAAUGAAUCUCCAGUCUCAGAGUUUCCUAAAUCUGACAUUUUUAGCCAUGGUAGCUGAUAAAGGUGAAGGUAAAAGAAGUGUGUAACAUCUUUGACCUCAGUCACAUUAAGAAUUAUUUCUCUUUAAUUUAUAUUAUAAUCGGGAUUACUCAGUCAACAUUAAAGAAAUAAAAUCCGGUUUCAGGAUGAAGGGAGGGAAAGCAAUUUGCCCUGGAGCCUUCAUUUUAAAGAAUUAUGACUUGUGAGUACCGAAAUGCCUUGGUUUGAUUAGCUAGAGAGGGAAGUCGCUCUGAGAACGAUCGUGUCUUGAAGACUGUAAAAUGUAAAUAUAUUCAUUAUUUUCCA